AUGGGUAAUUCGCAGGGCAAGCAGGCGUCCUCUUCCGAUGCAGUCAACCUGAACCACUUCCGUCUACUGCGUGUCGUGGGAAAGGGUGCGUUUGGGAAAGUACGGAUUGUUGAACGCAAGGAUACUGGUUUGACGUUCGCUCUGAAAUACAUCCGGAAAGAUGAAGUUGUCCGAUCCGAGAGUGUUCGAAAUAUCAUACGAGAGAGACGAAUGCUGGAGCAUUUGAACCAUCCCUUCCUUUGCAACUUGAGAUAUUCAUUCCAGGAUAUUGAGUACAUAUACAUUGUGGUAGACCUAAUGAAUGGGGGCGAUUUACGAUUCCAUAUAUCUAGGAAAGCUUUCACGGAAGAUGCUGUGCGAUUUUGGGUCGCUGAGUUGGCGUGCGCCCUGAGGUACAUACAUUCUCAAGGCAUAAUCCACCGAGAUCUCAAACCGGAUAACGUUCUGCUGGAUUCUGAAGGCCAUGUUCAUUUGGCGGACUUUAAUGUCGCUUCGGACUUUAAACCAUCAAAACAGCUUACCAGCAAAUCGGGCACGCUAGCAUACCUGGCACCAGAAAUUUUCGAUGGGGCCGGAUAUCUGAAUGAAGUCGACUGGUGGUCUCUGGGUGUCACCUUUUACGAAUGCAUUUAUAAUAAGCGCCCAUUCGACGGACGAAACCAUGACGCAUUAUCGGAAAAUAUUCGGCGAGCGCAACCAAAAUACUACGUUACGAAUCCCGCAGUCAGCGUGCUCUGUUUACGCGCGAUGGCAUCUCUUAUCGAAAGAGAUCGGUCAAAACGAAUUGGCGCGGCCGGAUUUGCGACUUUUGAGAACCACCCUUUCUUUGAGGACAUUGAUUUUGCCGCCUUGGAACGCAAAGAGAUUCGCCCCAUAUUCGUACCCUCUAGCGACAAGACGAAUUUUGAUGCGACAUAUGACCUUGAAGAAUUACUCCUAGAAGAAGCACCAUUAGAAGCACGAGCUCGUCGACAGAAACCAAGAGCCGAGUUGAAAGACGAUGCUACAGCGAAGGAGAUACGAGAAGACGAACUGCAUCGAGUUAUUGAGACCAUGUUUGAACCUUUCGACUACACAACCGUCUCAUAUCAAGGCACCGCCGCAGCUGCAAUAGCCGCGUCUAGCCGGUCACACACACGACAUCCUUCCCAGCCCCGCUCAGUAAAUGGCUCGCCUUCACUGCACACAGAAAGGUCUCUCAGUCAUUCAAACGCUUCCAACACUCCUCCUUCCCUUUCCGAAACCGAUCGCUACCCAUACGAAACGAGUAGACAUCAGAGUGGAGAACGACCUGGUUCUCCUCACCGACAGUCACAGCCUGUCCACACAACUCUUCCACAUUCCCAACCGUACCGUCCACCACCACCUCCCGGGCCUCAACGCCCGCGUGGCGCUACUCGUAACAUGAGCAAAGGAGGCGGCGUACAAAUGGUACUGGAGGAGACAGGAAGCUGGAGUAACCUUGCAGACCACAGCUCGGCAUUGCCGGAUGGAUAUGAUGGAGAAAAUAAAGCCCGGAAUGCAUCUGGAUCCAAUAGUGGAAUGCUUUCGUUUCUCAGUCGCAAGAAGGGUCGUGACCGCAGCCCUAAGCCGACGGAAACUGGUGUGCUUGGUAAAGAGGGUGCUAGGCAGAUCAUUAGUAGUUGA